AUGGACAAGCGUACGGAAUACGACAACCCAAGCCCUCGAAGAAGUACAAAUGUCCUGGGGCGAUUAUUUUUCUGGUGGCUGAAGCCAUUAUUCGUUUAUGGAAGGCGAAAUGAUUUGGAGGUGAAGGAUCUGCAUAAUACGCUACCUCCUGAUCUCAGUGAACCCCUUGGAAACACUCUGGAAGCAAAUUGGAAUGAGGAGGUUGCUGCAGCAUGUCGGGCAGGGAGAAAACCAAAAUUCUUUACUGCAAUCAGGAAAACAUUCCUGUGGUCGUACAUGUACUACGGUGGACUAUUAUUUUUUAGUUCAAUAUUGAGUGUAUUGCAGCCCUACGUACUCGGCCUUCUUACCAGCUUUUUUGCUCGGGACUCAACGAUCACGAUACAGGAGGCGUAUACGUAUGCGUCACUAGUCGUAAUAAUGUCAGCAAUUGUGGCUCUGAUUGAUCAUCAUUCGAACCUGGGACAGUUGGAGAUGGGAAUGAGAUUGCGAAUAGCGAGUUCUUCCUUGAUCUACCGAAAGAUUUUGAAGUUAUCCAGAAGUUCAGCAAACAGAACCACCAGUGGUCAGAUAAUAAAUUUAUUAUCCAACGAUGUAGCAAGAUUUGAUCAAGUAUUCACACUUCUUCACUCUUUAUGGAUAAUUCCGCUUCAGAGUGCAGCGAUAGCAUAUUUAAUCUGGCAGAAUGUAGGAAUGGCAACUCUGGCUGGAAUUUUUCUCCUUCUGAUGCAAACGGUACCUGUUCAAGGAUACCUGAGUGGACUGACAGCUAGACUUCGGGCUAAAGUGGCAGUGCGCACUGACGAGCGUGUGCGACUGAUGAGUGAAAUAAUAACUGGAGUACAAGUGAUUAAAAUGUACACGUGGGAGAAGCCCUUCCUCCGGUUGGUUUCACUCGCGAGGAAACACGAGAUUGAUGUUCUCACUGUAAUGUCAUACUGGAGAGGAACAAUACGAGCAUCGCUGGUGUUCACGGAACGAACAACUUUGUUCUUCACAGUAAUGACGUAUGUGCUUUUAGGGCACACUAUAUCAGCAGCCAAAGUCUUCUCCAUGGCGCAGUAUUUCAAUCGUCUGCAAGCCGGAGCGGCGUUUUACAUUCCAAUGGCUGUGACAUAUGCAUCAGAAGCAACAGUCACGAUUAAACGACUGGAGAACUUCCUGUUACUGGAGGACAAUCAUCCACUCGCAAUUGAGCAAGCACCGGAUGAUGCAGCUUCAAUAAGAAUUGAAAAAGUCACUGCCUCUUGGGAUCAAGAGUCAAUAACGAAGACAUUGUGUGAUAUAAAUAUAACAAUAAAGUCUGGCACGCUGACUGCAGUGGUGGGUCCAGUCGGCGCCGGCAAGAGUUCUUUAUUGCAAUUGAUUCUUGGAGAAUUGCAUUCGACUCAUGGCCACGUGACAGUUGGGGGAUCAGUGUCAUAUGCUAGUCAGGAGCCCUGGCUAUUUGCUGGAAGUGUGAGGAAUAAUAUACUCUUUGGACAGCCUUACGAUGAGUCGAGAUAUCGUCAAGUGGUGUGUGCUUGCGCAUUGACCAAGGACUUUAUACAACUUCCUCAAGGUGAUAGAACACUGGUGGGCGAGCGUGGUACGUCACUCAGUGGUGGACAACGCGCUAGAAUUAAUCUCGCAAGAGCUGUUUAUCAAAAAGCUGAUAUUUAUCUUUUCGAUGAUCCUCUGUCGGCUGUUGACGCACACGUUGGUAGAAGUUUGUUUGAAGAAUGCUUCAUGAAAUAUUUGGCGGAUAAAACGAGGAUUCUAGUUACUCAUCAGGUGCAGUACCUCAAGGAUGUCGAUUUCAUCGUCAUGUUGAAUCGUGGAGUUGUGGAAAAGCAGGGGAGAUUCCACGAUUUUGGCCUGGAUGAUUUUGCAUUGUUGCAUCUUGAUGAUGCACCGGAGCCAGAGGAAAAACAAAAGGAAAUUGGAACCGACAAUGGGGAGGUGCCCCAACUCUCGCAAAUGUCUUAUUUCUCGGGGAUUGAUAACGACGAGAAUGAGGAGGGGGACGAGCCUGAGGAGACGGAAGAAUUGAUGGCCAAAGGGAAAAUUUCAAGGUCACUAUAUUGGAAGUACUUCAAGUCUUCUGGCAGUUAUUUUCUUCUUUUCAUGUUUUUUGUGUUUUUGCUGUUGGGGCAGUUGGGGAGCAGUGGCUCGGACUAUUGGGUUGCUUAUUGGACUAAUCAGGUAGAAUUGCAAUACAACAAUGGAACCAUGCAGAAUGCAAUGAAUUCAUCAGGUUCUGGACGCAUUCACCAUCAUUAUGAUAAUUAUACAGCACUCUGGAUUUAUGGAAUAUUUAUAAUGGCAUGUACUAUUUGUACAACAGCGAGGAAUCUAGUCUUCUUCAAAAUUUGUAUGAAUGCAGGCAAGAAUAUUCAUAAUCUCAUGCUGGAAUGUUUGCUGCAGGCGCCAAUGAGAUUUUUCCAUAGUAACCCCUCAGGGCGUAUUGUGAAUCGUUUCUCCAAAGACGUCGGAUGUAUUGACGAACUCCUGCCAAAUGCAAUGAUCGAUUCGAUUCAAGUGUUCGUGGUGAUGAUAGGAAUAUUAUCCCAAGUGCUCAUUAUCAACUGGUGGACUAUAUUGCCAAUGGCAGUGAUGGGCUACUUCUAUUGGAAAAUAAGAACUUUGUUCUUGUCAACUGCGCAGGAUCUGAAACGACUGGAAGGAAUCACAAAGAGUCCAGUUUUUUCUCAUGUCAAUGCAUCACUGGCUGGAUUGGCGACCAUUCGAUCAGCUGGGGGACAGGAGAUGUUGCGGAAGGGAUUUGAUAACCAUCAGGAUGUUCACACCAGUACUAACUCGCUGUUGAUCUCUACUAGUACGGCUUUUGGUCUUUGGCUGGAUGCAGUGACUAUUGUCUUUGUUGCUUUCGUCACUUACAGUUUCAUCAUUCUCAAGAAUGAUUCUACAUUCGCUGGAGAUGUUGGCCUGGCAAUAUCUCAAAUUCUGGUUCUCUGUGGUAUGCUUCAAUAUGGAAUGAGCCAGACUGCACAAAUGGUGGCGCAAAUGACAUCAGUGGAACGUGUAUUACAGUACACUAGGUUGGAGAGGGAGGAGCCCUUCGACAGUGAAGUUAAUUCAAAGCCACCAGCAACUUGGCCUCGUGAAGGACGAAUAGAAUUUGAUCACGUUUAUUUGAGAUAUUCAGAAAAAGAUGCACCUGUUUUGAAGGACUUGAAUCUCAUUAUAGAGCCAGGCAUGAAGGUGGGAGUUGUGGGCCGCACGGGGGCUGGUAAAUCAUCACUCAUAGCUGCACUCUUCAACUUAGCGAAACUCGAAGGAGCCAUUCGUAUUGAUGGAGUUGAUACAAAGAAGAUCGGCCUGCAUGACUUGAGAAGAAAAAUAUCCAUAAUACCACAGGAACCAAUGCUAUUUACAGCAACACUGCGUGAUAAUUUGGAUCCCUUCCAAGAAUUCAAGGACGAUCAACUCUGGGCUGCUCUGGAAGAAGUGGAGCUGAAGGGUCACAGUCAGUCCCUGGAUUAUCUAGUCACCCAAGGUGGUACCAAUUUCAGCGCUGGCCAGCGACAAUUGCUCUGUCUAGCCCGAGCUAUUGUCAGGAAUAAUAAAAUAAUCGUACUGGAUGAGGCGACUGCCAACGUUGAUCCAGCUACUGACGCUCUCAUACAGCGAACAAUUCGCGAGAAAUUCAAGGACUGCACAGUUUUGACGAUAGCACACAGACUCAAUACUGUUAUGGAUAGCGAUCGAAUUCUUGUGAUGAAUCACGGUGAAAUUGUGGAGUAUGGUUACCCUCGUGAACUCUUACGGAAACGAGGUGGGUAUUUAACGAACAUGGCUAAUGAAACUGGAAUUGCCAUGGUUAAUAGAUUGAAGGCCAUUGCUGAGGAGACGUGGAAGAGAAUGAAUCACAAUGUUAGUGCAAAACCUGUGUAAAAUGUAAAAUCAACUUCUGUGCAAUCAAUGUAAACGUGUACGGAAAAAUUCGACUGACUAAAUGAAGAAAAAAGAUACUAAAAAUAUGGUAAUGUGAA